UCGUAAUAUAUUUAUUACUUCUAUCAAUAUAAUUACAUUAUAGUAAGCAUAGCAAUUAUCACGAUUAAUAUUUAACACGAAUAACUUCCGUUAUUAAACAACAAUUAAAGUGACGAUAAAUUAAAAUCAAACCUCAAAAAUACAAUAGGUAUAUAAGCGUGCGAUUUUGAAAGUUACAUGGCGUUAUAGAGGGUUAAAUGGGAAAACUUGAAUAUCCUAUGAUAAUCUUACCUUUUUGAACGAUACAUUCAAAUACAUGACUCUCCAUCACGAUGUUUUACUUGGAUAUCUUUCAAACAGCUAAAUUCUUCGCAAAAUGCUAAUUUCAAUGCUAUUAUUGUAAAUGUUUAACAAUAAUCGAUGUGUAUCGGAUGCGUUUGAGGUGCUUGUAAUAAUCACUAAGCUAACACUAAGGAAUGAAGGUAUUCUUUGCUUGGUUGUCGGGAGAAGCACAUUCGUUGUUUGAAACAAUUGAAAAAUUUUUGCAGCGUAACGAUGCGCCAACUUUCUUUUUUUUCCCGUUCGUUUCUUUCUUUAUUUGUGUCGGAAAUGUAUGGUCCAUGCAAAAGGAUCAUGCCAUAGAGUCAAAAAGGUACGAUCAGGCUCACCGAUUUCAAUUUGAUCUAAUCGAUAUUUCAACGAACGUUUUUACGAACUCGUACAAAUGUCCUGUAAUUGCUGUACCUGUGACAAGCUUGGCCUAGAUUAUUAUGGUGUAUUAUCAUUGACCAAAAAUUCUAAUGACCUCGACAUAAAAAAAGCGUUCAGGCGAUUGGCAAUAAGUUAUCAUCCGAAAAGUAAAGAGAAUAAUGCUUGCUUUGAAGUAUUUAACUUGAUAGCUGAAGCAUACGAUGUGCUUUCGGAUCCAUUGAAAAGGGCUGUAUAUGAUCAGUAUGGUGAGGAAGGUUUGAAACGUGGAGUUCCGGGUCUUAAUGGAUUUAUCGAACCUUACGUUUAUCAUGGAGAACCUAUGAGAACUUACAAAGAAUUUUUUGGUACCGAUAAUCCUUAUGCUGAUAUUCUGGAUUAUUUAACACGGCCACAGUUAUUAUUUGAAUUCCCAGAAGGUCGUGGAAUAAAAAAAAAGGAGGAGCCAGUGAUAAAUAGCUUACAGCUUACUUUGCAAGAGGUCUUUUUUGGUGGAACGAAGAAAAUGAAAAUUCAAAGAUAUGUCUUCGUUGAUUGUAAUAAAAUAAGAACGGAACUUAAAGAAGAGAUUUUGUCAAUACCUAUAAAACCGGGUAUACCAACAGGAACAAAAAUUAUUUAUCCAGAAAUGGGUGAUGAGAGUCCGAGCAAAAUAUCGGCGGAUGUGAUUUUUAUUGUCGAGGAUCGACCCCACGAGACGUUCCAAAGAAAAGACUCCGAUUUGUACAUGAUUGUUGAUGUGUUUCUGCGAGAAGCUCUUACGGGAACUACCGUUACCGUUAAUACCAUCGAUGAUAGAACUUUUCGAGUUCCGAUAACUUCUAUCAUCACACCAGAAUAUCGCAAGAUUGUCGAAGGGGAAGGCUUACCUUUACCAGAAAAUCCAAAGGAGAAGGGAAACCUGAUAUUAAAUUUCAAUAUCGAGUUUCCAGUUUAUUUGUCGAUUAUUAAUAAAGAUUACGUCAACAAAGCCUUCGAAUUACCGAUUACCAGCGACGCUAUAGAAAAUGCCGAAUAUCUUCAUCGCUAUGGUGUUCAACGUUACAAAAUGUGGAACAUGUUAUAAAAAAAGAAGCAUACGAUUUUUAAUUUAUACGAGAACUAUACACCAAUAUAUUUCAUCAAAAUUAUCUCGUUAUACAACAAUCGAUAAUGCAAAUUAGAGUAAAACUGUUAUACCGACAAUCGGACAAUUACCGACAUGACAUCGCAUUUGUUCGAAACAAUGAAAAGAAACAGCGAAUCGUACAGAGGGCGUUGACCAAAAAGAAGUUCACCAAAGUUUAAGAAUCUCUCAUAUAGAUCUAUCGAUCUAUGCACCAUCGGAGAGAUUAUAGAUCAUUUGUUCGAUAUCGUUUAUAAUCGAGAUGAACUCUUAUGACACUUAACCAAACGUAUCGCUCUUAUCCAACCAAUUUUUCCUCGUAUUAAAGAAAUUAAAAAAGAGUGCAUAAAAGAGUGCAGUUUGUCUUUAGCGAGAAGAUGGCGCCGCUUGUAUCUCACGAAAGUGUCACCAAAAGUGCCAACGUCGCGGCGAACGACUCGUCGUCGGUCGUGAAUUCGCAUGAAACUUUUUGGUACGUGCUUUUCGCAUUUUCGUUCUAUGCGUGUCAUUAAAUAAUCAUACGUUCAGUUCGAUUUUUUUCUCUUUAUAUAUAUAUAUAUAUAUAUACAUACAUA